AUGGCUGCGGUAACGAUUCAGCUAACGGGAGGACCUCCUUGGGGUUUCCGGCUCCACGGCGGACGUGGGCAGAGUAUUCCCCUCACGGUGGCGAAAGUGAGGCGCAAGAGCAAGUCUUACGGCCACCUGGUUGAAGGAGACGAGAUCCUGAGUAUAGGUGGGAAAAGUGUGGAAGGUCUCAGUCAUGAUGAAGCGAUGGCAUUAGUGGACUCGCACGCGGAUCAGCUCGAUCUUUCUCUGAGAAGGUCGGGAAAUCCGCCGCCGAUAGCCGAAUCAAUAACUACGGACUCGAGCCGCGCCGCUACGGCAGCCGGCGCCUCAUCGAUCACUUCCAGCCAUUCUCCAUUCCAAGAGUCGACUGACCGCGAAAAUCACAAUGUAUCCGCAUCGAUCGAUGCCGCCCUUCUGAAAACGUAUUCGAGUCCCGUUGGCACCGGUACUCCGAGAAAUCAACAAACCGGAGGCUCAGUAGAGAGCACCGUCGGCCGCGAAACUCUAUCCCAAACGCAAUCAUCGAGCCACUCCUCAGCCAUGGAUAUCAAAACCGAACGAAAAAUCAACGAAGGCUCUACGACCGUCAAUAUAUCCGGAGCGAAAUUCGAUCUCGGUAGGUGGAUUUUCACGCCCACCCUGUUUCUUGGAUCAGAUUUCAAUUCAAACGCGACCAACGCCUCGAACCCCUUCGCUGGAAUGGAACGAAUUCUCGAGAGCGAAACCAAAUCAUCAAAGGAAAAUAUCCCCGGCGGUGAAGUGAACCGACUCGAAACUCGAGAAACGAAAAUAGUUGACGGAGCAUACGUCCAAAGCCACACGACCAUGUCUCAGAUGUCGAGCACGACUUCAACGACUGGACCUCUGAGCAUCUCGUGUGGACCGCAGUCGACCUUGGACGAAACGAUCUUCGUUAGUCCAACCGGGAAACCCAUCAAAGAACGAUACUAUAAACCGCUAUCCGAAGAGCAACAGAAGGAAAUCGACGAUAUAAUGGCACCGAUUCUGAGCAAAAAAAAAGUUUUCACUUCAUCCUCCUUCUACGUGGACGAAAAUUGCACCUACCCCACCGUCGAAGAGCAGGUUGGCAUGGCAAGAAAAAUCGCAGAGUCCCUGUCCAGCGACACGAACAAGCAGUCGAAGGGAGCGAACAUGUUCUUCCGGCGAGUCAAACGGAGCCACAAGUGGGUUCAUCAGGCGCCCGGAGUUUCUGAAUCCGAAUACACGGAAAGCGAAGAUUGUUCAACAGUCCCUGAUCCCGACAAGUUCCCUGGAGUCAAGAUUUCCAAGGAACCACCGAAGCUGAAGCUACUCAUGGCUCCUUCUGUUCCGAAAGAUCAAUGGGAUAAGCCCGCACAAGACCUGACCGUGAGCCCCGAAGUCUGUCUGGAUAUUGUGAAGGGUCUCAACUCACCGAGCGGGAAGGGAGCCCAAAUGUUCGCGAAGCGCAAGAAGAAGUCCGAGGAUUGGAUAGUGGACGUCGACAAACUCAGAGCACAGCUUGGCGACAAAUGGCCUGAGAAGGAGAAAGAGAAUGAAACUCAAUGCCCGAGCUUCCCGCCAAAGCCCCCGCCGAAACCUUAUGUCCAGGCACCGCGUGUCAGAACGCCCGCGGACAGGUACCUUGAGCGAAUAUCACAGCCGACGCGACUGCGUCUCAUCAAAAGCCCGUGGGAAGCCGCGUCUGAGAGUCCUGUAGGAGCUGUGGACGCAGCUUUCCAGACCAUAAACGGAUCAGCGCCGUGUGUUAAGGCCUGUGUGGAGACGAGAACUCCACUGAGUCCUCUACCGGUGGCCGACGUUCCUUGCGUACCGCUCGCCGGCGGCGCAAACGAUACUCUGAGAGCUCGUUUGCCCCGCGGCUGGGGCUCCACGCAAAACGUAUGCGUGACUAUGAAGAAACCAGAACCUCCACCGCCUCCUCCGAGACCGAAAACGAUCCGUCCGCAAAGGUACGCUUCCAGUGCGGCCUCCCGACCGCGGGGGGAGGCCCCCGUGCCACUUCUCCCGUUCGAAUGCGAAGCUCUGCCGCCUCCCCAAUUUUUCAAUGCUUUGGGCGAGCCUUUAGGAGAUUAUCCCAGCUUCCCGAUGCCGAACCAGGAGAAUGUGCCAGCGCAGGCCGACCAAGCACGGCUGUUCAACCCGUACGACCGCCAGAAUUUCAACUCGGCUCCCCGCGGAUUCGGUUACGGUUCCAGGCGGAAGACAUUUUCGCUCGGUGCGUCUGUGAAUAGCAGAAUAUCAGCGAUCGGAUCCAAACAUUAUGAGGAGCCGAAUAGGAAGAAGCAGAAAGUCGUGCGUUGA